CCACGUCUCUUACCUAUUGAUGGUCAACUAACCAACUAGUGGUGAAGUUGUUCUACUUGCUCACUGUCUCACAACUCUUUCAUGGCCAAUUCCUUCCUCUUGUUCACAUUCCUUGCUCUUCUCUUCUCCUUAUCUGCAACAACAUCGUCAUCUUCCCAUGAUCAGCAAGAAAAAGAAAACGCUCCCAUCUCCCGCUUUCAACAAUACCUCAGAUUCAACACUGCCCAUCCAAACCCCAACUACACUGCUCCAGUCUCCUUUCUCGCCUCUCUCGCUCAAUCCAUCGGUCUUAAAACUCUAACAAUAGAAUUCACUCCUAACAAGCCCGUCCUUCUCGUAACCUGGUCAGGUUCUAGUCCAUCCCUUCCUUCAAUCCUAUUCAAUUCCCAUCUCGACUCUGUCCCCGCUGAACCCACAAAAUGGGUUCACCCGCCUUUCUCCGCCGUCCGCACAGCCGAUGGGAAAAUCUUCGCCCGUGGAGCACAAGAUGACAAGUGCAUAGCUAUUCAGUAUCUAGAAGCCGUUGGCAACUUGAAAGCUAAAAACUUCAUCCCUACUCGAACAAUACACAUCUCCUAUGUACCUGAUGAGGAGAUUGGUGGGCUUGAUGGGGCAGCCAAGUUUUUUGAUUCGAAGGAAUUUCGAGAUUUGAAUGUUGGGUUCGCCCUUGAUGAAGGGCAGGCGUCAGUGAGUGAUGAGUUUAGAGUGUUUUAUGCUGAUAGGUCGCCGUGGAACCUGAUAAUAAAGGCGAAAGGACAGCCUGGGCAUGGUUCGAGGAUGUAUGAUAAUGGGGCUAUGGACAAUUUAAUGAAGAGUAUAGAGAUUAUUAUUAGAUUUAGAGAGAGUCAGUUUGAUAUUGUUAAAGCUGGGAAAGCAGCCAAUUCAGAAGUCAUUUCAGUUAAUACGGUUUAUUUAAAAGCUGGGAUACCUUCUCCUACUGGAUUUGUCAUGAAUCUACAACCUUCUGAGGCAGAAGCAGGGUUUGAUUUAAGAUUGCCUCCUACAGCAGACCCCGAUCUAAUGAAGAAAAUAAUUGCUGAAGAGUGGGCACCUGCUAUACGCAACAUUACAUAUGAGAUAAUUGAGAAAGGACCCAUAAGAGAUUAUAAGGGGCGGCCAUUGAUGACAUUGACGGAUGAUUCCAAUCCAUGGUGGCCAGUUUUCAAGCAAGCUAUCGUAGCAGCUGGAGGAAAAGUUUCGAAGCCUGAAAUCUUGUCUUCAACAACUGAUGCAAGGUUCAUAAGACAGUUGGGCAUUCCUGUUUUUGGUUUCUCUCCGAUGACGAAUACUCCCAUCUUAUUGCAUGACCAUAAUGAGUUCUUGAAGGAUACCACAUUCUUGAGGGGAAUUGAGGUGUACGAGCACAUAAUCAGUUCUUUGAGCUCCUUUGUGGAAGUUCAGUCAAUAUAGACAUUCUCAGUUCACUAGUAUCUUUUUACUAGUAAAAAAAGGGAUAAGAUACUAAUGAAAGUUCAAAUUUGUGUGAAUGGCAAUUAAUUCUUGAUUUGUACAUUAAGAGGCUCAAACCUAAGCUUUGGUUUAUGCUUAUUGCCCACUACCUGAAGCCUAUUCCACGUAAAAGGUCUGGACUGGAGAAUGAUAUGUGCAAGUAAAUCUAAUUGUAGUUAAGCAUCAAAGUAAUAUUUUUGGCAUUGAGAAAAAUAAUUUGUUGAAAACAAUUAUUGGAGUUUGUUAAUAUUUAUUUUUGAGAUAAA